AGUUGGUGAAGGGCUUUAUGAGGGGACUCGUUCUGCCGGUGAAGUAGCUGGUGUGGCAUGGCCAGUUAGUUGUCUGGUGUGGCUAAGGAUUAAACGUAGGAAUUGACUGGUUUGGACUUUUGCAGUGGUUAUGGCUCAAGCACGUGUAACGGAUUAUUUUGCACAAAGUAAGAGAGGUGGAAUUGAAAGAGCUGUGAGAAAUAAGGGACGAAAACAGGCUGUGCACAGUGUGGAUGUCGCGACUACGAGAUCAACUCGACAACACAAGAGAACUUCAGAGCGAUCCAGAGUUACCAAAUCUACAUCUAGUUGCGUACAAGAAGAAUUUCUACGUGUUAUUAACGAAGCUGUGUCGACAAAAAAUGACAUGAAAAACGAAGGGAGAUCUAAAGAAACCCGAAAUACUGAGGAUUGUAAACAGGAUCUUCUGGCUAGCCCUCAGACUCCAAAGAGGACUUCAACUGAGGCCGAGUUUGAUCUCGGUUCGGCCGUAUUCUCCUCCACAGCGGACCACAGUAGUGCGAAAAAGCGUCUUCGCGUUGGCUCCACACAAGAAGUUAACCCUAAAGCCGAAAAAAGUGAAGUAAAAAUCAAUAAACGAACAGCAAGGAAGAGGUUGAUCCUCUCGAAAGACGGAGAUCAGGAAAAGGCUGCCGAUUCUGUGAAAGAACCCUCCCCACAGCCACCAGUCCCAGAAGGUGUGGACAAACAAUCGAAGAAUGUUGUUAACCACACAUCCACCCCAGGUGCCCAGAGCCCCCCUAAAAGCACAGUCAGGAGCAAGAAACCAUUGUCUAAAGGUGAUGUGGCAGCACUCAAAACCCGUCUCCUGAAGCUGAAGGGACAAGCAGAGAGCGUUGUGACACCUUCCCCUGCCCCCGAAUCCUCUCUUGCAGAGCUGAAGGCCCGACUUGAUCGCGCUAGGGAGCUCACAGCCAAGGUCCAACAGCAAAAGGUGAAGCAUGAAGCAGAGGCAAAACCUGCUGAGGUGGAAACACAACCAGAAUCAGAGGGCGAGAAGACCCCAGCAUACCAGCGCUACCACACCCUUGCCCAGGAUGUACCCCCUGGACUUACUCUGCCAUAUAAGUACAAAGUGCUGGCAGAGAUGUUCCGCAGCAUGGACACAAUCGUGAGCAUACUCUUCAACCGCACAGAAACGGUCACCUUUGCCAAAGUCAAGCAGGGGGUCCAGGACAUGAUGCACAAGAGGUUUGAGGAGAGCCAUGUUGGACAGAUCAAGACUGUGUAUCCCGUAGCUUAUAAAUACCGGCAGGAGAGAAACAUCCCAACCUUCAGCGCCACUGUGAAGAAAUCCAGUUACCAGCUCACCAUGGAGCCGGUCCUUGAAGAAGAGCAGAGUUCCGCUCGGCCGAUCCUGACUGCUUCCCGUCUGCUGGAUAGGAGGAGGACAUUCCAUCACAACCUUGUCAACAUCGUCAAAGAACAUCACAAGAGUUUCUUGCAGUCUUUGGAUCCCCCAGUUGUGGUUCCUGAUGAUAUGCUGACCCGCUGGCACCCCAGAUUCAGUGUGGACGAGGUUCCCAACGUACAGCCCAGUGACUUACCCCAGCCUCCUCAGACAGAGAAAUUGACCACUGCGCAGGAAGUGCUGGACAAAGCACGUGCCCUCAUGACUCCCAAGAUGGAAAAAGCCCUUGCCAACAUGGCUUUGAAAACUGCAGAGACUGCAUGCGCCAAGGAAGCAGAGGCUCCUACUCCUACAAAAGAAGCUGCACCUCUUGCUGCAACACCUGGUGCAACACCCAGUGCCCUCAAAGGAGUGUCCCAGUCUUUGCUGGAGAGGAUCCGAGCAAAAGAGGCCCAGAAGCUCCAGGCAUCCAUGACUCGAAACCCCCAACAAGAGGAGCGUCUGGCCAUGAUGUCUCGCCUCGGGGAGCUGGCCAGGAUCUUGCGCAAUGUGUUUGUCGCUGAAAAGAAGCCAGCGCUCAGCAUGGAGGUGGCCUGCAACAGAAUGAUCGCCAGCUAUCGGUCCGCACUCAGCCAUGGUGAUAUGGAGAAACACAUUCGGCUCCUUGCAGAGCUGACACCAAAGUGGCUGACCAUCCACCCGAUCAGAAAGGACGUGUAUCUGAAGCUGAACAAGACUAUGGACCUGAGUGUUGUGCAGGACAAUCUGAGUCAGAAGAUGAAAGAGGAGGAGCGGAAAUGAGCCCUCAGUCCAACUGCUAUCAUGUUGGAGGGGAGCCUGUUUUUUAACAUGAAAACGGAAUAUGGACUCCUGUUUGUUUUAGAACUUUUCAUCAGUUGGUCAGAAUGCUUUGCAGUGUCAUAUCGUUGCCCUUUUGAAGUGGUGUUUUUAAAAAGACAUUUCUGUUGUAGAUGACACUGCUGUAUCGCAUUUGUAAUAAAAGCUUUUUCUGACUUUCA